UAUCUUAUUGGUAUUGGACAGUAAUGGCGGCCCCCAUGGAGGCAGCAGCCGGCGUGAACCUGAGCAACCUGAGCAACAUGCUGCAGUUUAUGAAACUUAUCGGGCAACUCAAAAGAGUCCCACGGACCGGCUGGGUGUACAGGGAGGUGAAGAAACCAGAGAGCGUAUCAGACCACAUGUACCGCAUGGCCAUGAUGUCUCUGACCAUCACUGACCCCACAGUGGACAAGGACAGGUGUAUAAAGCUGGCUCUGGUUCACGACAUGGCAGAGUGCAUUGUGGGAGAUAUCGCUCCCUCAGACAACGUCAGUAAAGCAGAGAAACACAGGAGAGAAGAGGAAGCGAUGAGACAUCUGUCAGGUCUCCUGCCAGAGGGUCUCAAACAGGAGAUGUAUGGGCUGUGGGAGGAAUAUGAAUCUCAGAGCAGUGCAGAGGCCAGGCUGGUGAAACAGUUUGACCUCCUGGAGAUGAUCCUGCAGGCUCACGAGUACGAAGAGCUGGAGGGAGCGCCGGGAAGACUUCAGGAGUUCUUCGACUCCACCAACGGCCGUUUCCAGCACCCAGACGUGCUCCAGCUCGUCAGCUCUUUGAAUGAAGAGAGAGGCCGGCACAUGACUAAAACUGAUGCCACAAAGAACUCUGGGAACUCUGACUGUAACACAAACAACACAAACUCAUCUCUAGUGAACGGACAGAGAUAAUGGACACACAACUAUGUCACGUGACCAGAUUCGUGAGCGGAGGUGGGGAACUGUAUUUUGGGAAUUUUGUUUUACCUCAGUGUUCGAUCCAUGCUGUGCUGGAAUCUGUAUCAGCCAUUUUCUAUAAUAAAUCCAUUCUGAUUAUUACCAAUACAAAUACUACCAGAUAAUAUAGCAAUACAAUAUGAUUUCUGUUAUUGUACAGAGAGAAAUUACUUGAAAAUACCAACACUUUCCUUACAGGUUGACAUGUUAUUAAACGUAUAUUAUCUGCCAGAUAUUACAUAACAAUAUAACAUAUCAUAUAAAAGGAUUGUUCAUAAAGAGACAAUGUUACUCCACCAUCAGACUCUAGCAGCAGUGUUCCAAUAAAUAGUGUUCAUCUAUUUUCUGGUGCAGUCUAACUGUGCAGUACGCAGGAUGUGACAUGUUUAGUUAUUUUGGCCUUUUGCCUUUAUUGACAGGACGGUUAGUUUGAAAUUGGGAGAGAGAGAAGGGGUCGGAAUCGAACCCACGGCUGCUGCAGGACACACGCCUUUGUUUCCGCCUGUUAGCUCACCUCGAAAUUGGAGAGUGGUAACAGCGACAUAAUCAGGAAAUCACUGCAUUUCUGACUAUUAAGAAAACAGUGGUGUGAUUUGAACUUUAUUUUAAGUCAAUCACAUUUUUCACAUUAACAUAAAAAUGUUAUGUUUGCUUUGUUGUUUUUCUCAGUUUUUUCUGCAGCUUCAGUCACACGUGAUGUUUGGUUUAAGUGAUUUUUAUUUUCAGACAUAAAAACAGUUAUGUAUAACAGCCUGUAAUUAAAUGUAAGAAUACAACUGAAUAUGUUAAACACAAUGUUGUUAUAUGUCAAUGUCACAGUUUAUGUCUUUGGGAGUUUUAGUAAAAGCUUUUGUGAAACGAUCCGAGUACAAUUUGAUUUUAAGCCAUGGUUAACGUACAAAUAUAAAAUAUAAACUGGGUUUUAGUUCUUUGAAUAUUGACCUAAAGUUUCAUGGACGGACUGAAAUGAUCCAGGGCUUUUUAUCACUUUAACACAUGAAAGACAGUAUUUGUUAAAAAGAGACAUGAUCGUAUUUACUUUAUCUUUGGUGGUGUCAACCUUCUCAUAGUGAAGGUAGAAAUGAAACACUCUCUUUCAGCUUUAAACGGGUUAGUUGUGCUCAAACUCAGAUCUGAGCUGGUGUAAGUAACGGAGUGUGCUGGGUUUCAGGGUCACGUUACAGUGACAGGUUGUGUUACAGUCUGAUACUCAGUAUAUGUACAAUACAUGUAUAUCCUGUAUAUCCUGUGAAUCAGCAGCAGGUGACAAAAACAUUUUUCUUUUUUGAAUAUUCAGAUCAAAUACAGCUACACCGUUCUAUACUGACUCAAAGUUAAAAAGUUCUUUAUAGUUCUUAUUAUAUAUCCUCAGUCACAGCCGUCUUAGAGCAAAGAUGUUUGCAGAAAAUCCAGCAUCAGAUUUCAUUAUUUGGUGAUUUAUCAGAUUCUUUUUUUGUUACAGUCAUUAAAAACCAAAACUUCACGCCAUCAUUACAUUUAUUCAUAAACAAAAAGGUAGCAUGUGUCCAUAUUUCACUGCACGUGUGGCGUGUGCAGUGAAAUACAGUGUCUCAUUGCUUCUUGUAUAAACUAGUUUUUCUUGUAGUGUGAACGAACUGAGUAUAUAUCGUUGGUAUGAUCCAGCAUUAAAACGGGCUCCAGCAAACGUGUUUCUUACAUUCAACAAGUUGUUUGAAUGCAUUUU